GAGAAGAGUAUAUUAUUUCAUCGAUCCCUGCAAAUAUUCUUGUUUACCAAUCAUAAGGAGCACAACAAAACAACAAAUUAAAACAAAACAUACAUUUUAGGGCUACCUGAAAAUUAUAUUAAAAGUAAAAAUUAAUGGGGCACCACUCAUGCUGCAACCAGCAAAAGGUGAAGAGAGGGCUUUGGUCCCCUGAAGAAGACGAAAAGCUCAUCAGAUAUAUCUCUACUCAUGGCUAUGGCUGCUGGAGUGAAGUCCCUGACAAAGCUGGGCUUCAAAGGUGUGGGAAGAGCUGCCGGCUCCGGUGGAUCAAUUACUUGAGACCAGAUAUUAGAAGAGGGAGAUUUACCCCUGAAGAGGAGAAAUUGAUUAUAAACCUUCAUGGAGCUGUAGGCAACAGAUGGGCACAUAUAGCGAGUCACUUGCCAGGGAGGACAGACAAUGAGAUAAAGAACUAUUGGAAUUCUUGGAUUAAAAAGAAGCUAAAGAAACCUCAAUCAACAUCUCAUCAUCAUCAGACAACUACAACAAUAAUUGGUACUAAUAGCAAUGGAACCCAUCAACAAAUUCAGUUCCCCUUCAACAAUAAUCCUGCAAAUGACCAAAGGUUCUUCACUCAAGAUUUGGCGACGAAGCCCUUGCAAUUCCAAGAAACCCUAUUUUCCACCCCUAAUAUUAUUACUACCAUCGCCCCAUUUUCCACUUUCGACCCGCUGUUCCAAGCGGGUCAGGGAGACUGCAGCGCCAACCGGGUCGACCCGCUGUUCCAAGAUUCCAAUGAGUUCUGGCAGCAACAGAUUCAGAGUACGACGUCGUUUGGAUCGGGUAUGGGUUCGGGUUAUUUAUUGCCGCCAUUGAUGGAUGAUUUGGGGCCGUUGGAUGUGCCACCACCUUGUAGCCUGUUUGACGCGGCGCGUGACAAUCACGCGAGUGAAUGGGGCGUGGACACGACACAACAACAGCAACAACGUCAGCAACAACAACAAUGUCCAGGCAGCAAUUAUCUGUUGUGGGAUGAGGUUACAGAAGGGAAUCUUGGUGGGGAAGAAGAAGAACUUAUUGGGGUAGGGGUCCCAACCACAUCACCCAUGGCUGCCAUGCUAUCUUCUUUUCCUCCAUCUUUAUGAUGAUUUGAUUGACUAUUAACUUCUUUUCUUUUAUUUUUUUUCCUUUUAAUUCCGGGAAUUCAAUUAAUAUAAUGUUUAUUUGAGAGGAGUGAUUUGGAGUCAUGAGUGGUGUUUAUUUAAAUAUAUAUAUUUCUGGACAGAUUUUAAUUAACUUGUUAAGUGAAGAAAAGUGAAUAAGCCAAGAUAUCAGCAAAGGUUGAGAAUUGUAUGUAUUAUUAUAU